AUGGAAACUCGGCGCCGGAAGCGGGCGGAGGCCACCUCAUCAGCCCCUUCUUUUUCUUCCUCUGGUCGCACCACCCGUUCUUCGAAGCGUGCCCGUCUCUCUGCGUCCACUGAUUCAUCUGCAGUCCCCACUCCGGCCACCACUAGCGCUGCUAUCAAUUCAUUGAUCUCAAUUCGUUCCGGUGUCACUACUCGGUCCCAAGACUCACUAGCAACCUCAUCAUCACCGAUGGAUUCCACCAAUGAAUCGUCUGGGUCCGCACCCCGUGGCCGACGCGGUAAGAACCCUAGUCAGAACUCGGAUAGGGAUAAUUCCGACAAAGGGAAGGAAAAAGAACAUGAGGUUAGGGUUAGGGAUAGACAUAGAGACAUUGAGAAGAGCUUGGGGUUGAACAUCGAUGGUAAUGGUGGCGACGAUGAUGACAAUGACAGUGAAGGCGGUGUUGGGCUUUUGCAUCAGAAUUUGACUUCGGCGAGCAGUGCACUUCAAGGGCUGCUUAGGAAAUUGGGUGCUGGUUUGGAUGAUCUGCUUCCCAGUUCGGCAAUGGCGUCUGGGUCUUCAUCGCAGCAGAGCGGGCGGCUUAAGAAGAUUUUGUCAGGGUUGAGAGCAGAUGGCGAGGAAGGAAAGCAAGUGGAGGCAUUGACGCAGCUCUGUGAGAUGCUUUCGAUUGGGACUGAAGAGUCAUUGAGUACGUUUUCGGUGGACUCGUUUGUUCCGGUGCUUGUGGGAUUGCUUAACCAUGAGAGCAAUCCGGAUAUCAUGCUUCUUGCGGCCAGGGCACUGACCCAUCUUGUUGAUGUGCUUCCCUCAUCGUGUGUUGCCGUUGUGCAUUAUGGUGCUGUUUCAUGUUUUGUUGCUCGGCUGCUCACAAUUGAGUACAUGGACUUGGCUGAACAGUGUUUGCAAGCUCUAAAGAAGAUUUCUCAGGAACAUCCAACAGCAUGCUUGCGAGCAGGUGCAUUAAUGGCUGUGCUUUCGUAUCUUGACUUCUUCUCCACUGGAGUCCAGCGAGUUGCAUUGUCUACUGCUGCAAAUAUGUGCAAGAAACUCCCUUCAGACGCUGCUGACUUUGUGAUGGAAGCUGUGCCUUUGUUGACAAACCUCCUUCAGUAUCCUGAUGCAAAGGUUUUAGAGCAUGCUUCCAUUUGCUUGACUCGGAUAGCUGAAGCAUUUGCAUCAUCUCCAGAAAAGCUGGAUGAACUCUGCAAUCAUGGGUUGGUAACCCAAGCGGCUUCACUCAUUUCGGCUAGUAGUUCUGGAGGUGUUCAGGCUUCCCUUAGCACAGCCACGUACACGGGCUUAAUCCGAUUGCUUUCCACCUGUGCAAGUGGCUCCCCCCUAGGAACCAAAACUUUACUGCUGCUUGGGAUCAGUGGCAUUCUUAAAGACAUACUAUCAGGUUCUGGACUUGUUGCAGGCAUGUUUGUUUCACCUGCCUUAAGUAGACCGCCAGAGCAGAUUUUUGAGAUUGUGAACCUAGCAAAUGAGCUCCUUCCCCCACUGCCUCAAGGAAUCAUCUCUCUUCCAGCCAGCACUAGUCUGUUUGUUAAAGGAUCCCUUUCAAAGAAAUCCCCUGUCAGCAGUUCUGGCAAAGAAGAAGAGUCAAUGGGAAAUGUAACUGAGGUUUCAGCUCGAGAGAAACUACUAAAUGAUCAGCCUGAGCUUCUGCAGCAAUUUGGAAUGGACCUUCUUCCUGUUCUGAUUCAGAUAUAUGGAUCUAGUGUUAAUGGUCCUGUUCGUCAUAAAUGUCUCUCAGUCAUUGGGAAACUGAUGUACUUCAGCUCCGCCGAUAUGAUCCAGUCUCUAAUAAGUGUGACUGUCAACAUAGCAAGUUUCUUAGCCGGAGUUUUAGCUUGGAAAGAUCCGCAAGUCUUGGUUCCUGCCCUUCAAAUUGCAGAGAUCCUGAUGGGAAAGGUUCCUGGUACUUUUUCCAAGAUGUUUGUGAGAGAAGGCGUGGUUCAUGCUGUGGAUACCCUCAUUCUAGCUGGAUUUCCUUGUACUGCUCCUUCCCAACCAUCGUCCACCCAGAAGGACAAUGAUUCCAUACCUGGAUCAUCAUCACGCUCCAGGCGGUAUCGACGGCGUGGUGGUAACUCAAAUUUAGAUGUGAAUUGUGCCGAUGAUUCUAAAAACCCAGUCCCAAGUAUUGAUUCACCAUCAAAUUCUGUGGAAAUUCCAACUGUCAAUUCUAGUCUUCGGAUGGCUGUUGGUGCUUGUGCAAAAGCAUUCAAAGAGAAGUACUUUCCUUCAGACCCUGUGGCCAGUGACACCGGUGUUACAGAUGAUCUUUUACAUUUGAAGAAUCUUUGUGUGAAGCUGAACCUUGGUGUCGAAGACCAAAAGACUAAAUCAAAAGGGAAGUCUAAAGCUUCUGGUGCUCUCAUUGCUGAUAUUUCUGCUGGUAAAGAGGAUAACUUGGUUGGGGUAAUAUCUGAGAUGCUAGCAGAGCUAAGCAAAGGCGAUGGUGUGUCCACUUUUGAGUUCAUUGGUAGUGGAGUUGUUGCUGCUUUGCUCAAUUACUUAUCUUGUGGAUAUUUCUCCAAGGAGAGAAUUUCAGAAGCUAAUCUGUGUGAGCUUCAACAACAAGCAAUCAGAAGACACAAAUCAUUUGUUGGCGUCGCCCUCCCUUCAAGUGUUGACAAUGGAAGUGUGGCUCCUAUGACUGUCUUAGUUCAAAAACUUCAAAAUGCUCUGUCCUCUUUAGAGCGUUUUCCUGUUGUGCUGAGUCAAACUGCUAGGUCAUCUAGUAGUAGUGCACGUCUAUCCUCUGGUCUAAGUGCAUUGUCUCAGCCAUUUAAGUUGCGUCUUUGUAGAACACCAGGUGAAAAAUCUCUCCGUGACUAUUCUUCAAAUAUUGUCCUGAUUGAUCCAUUAGAAAGUUUGGCAACUGUUGAAGACUUUCUUUGGCCCCGAAUUCAAAGAAGUGACUCUGGACAGAAGUCCUCAGCAGCUGCAGGGAUCUGCGAUUCUGGGACUACACCUUCAGGAGCCAGUGUUUCAUCACACUCUACUUUUACUCCUCCUGCAUCUACUCAUCACCAUUCUACACGAUCCAGAUCAUCCAUUAAUACAGGAGAGACGGCUAAGGAGUCACAGGAGAAAAAUGCAAGCUCAUCAAAGGGGAAGGGAAAAGCUGUUUUGAAGCCAGCUCUAGAGGGGAGAGGUCCUCAGACAAGAAAUGCUGCUCGCAGAAGAGCAGCUUUGGAUAAAGAAGCAGAAAUGAAGCCUGUGAAUGGGGAUUCUAGUUCUGAGGUAUGGUUUAUACUUUAA